ACUUCUUCCCCAGCCUGCCCCUGCCCGAAGCUCCAGUCGUAUGUGUUUGUGGCAACAAGGAGGUGAGAUCUUCAUGUGCUGCCCCAGACAGAGCCAGGUUGUGUCCACUGGAGUUUGGGCACCUCCCUGUUGGCUGAGGAGAGCUUCUCACGUGAGGAACCCUAAUCUUAAAUGCCUAAAAAAGUCCUUUUACCCCCCACUUUCCACCUUGAUGGAAGCAAAGCAUCAGCCUCUGCCAGUGGGUUUGGGAAUCGCUUCCCACCCUGCUCAGCCCUCUCCGUGCAGGGUGCUCGCACCCUCUGGCACCCUGUUCUUGCAGCACUUCGCCUCCCUCCUUGUCACCCGUGCUGAGGGGAUCCCGUAACCCUUGUGCUUGUUCUGUGGCUGCUUUAUUGACUCGCUGGCUCGGGAGCGCUUGUGAAACUUGACAGAAAGGUUGUGCACUGAAAUAAAUUGUCCGGUUGCCUGCUGCUUGGAAAUGACUCUUGGUGCAGGUUAAUAAAUAAUGCAAACCCUGUUAAGAGAUGCCAAAUGCGAUGUCUCCCCUGGAGAAAAAGAUGAUGCCAAUAACCCUUUCUGGAAUGGCUCCAUUCUAGCCACCGGCUGCUGAGUUUUAAGUGGUUAGUGCUGUUUACUUAAACCGCUCUGCUGAUAAAUCCUGAGCGCUCCCUACUUAGUAAAGCACAUAAAUUCCUGCGCUGCGGAAUAGCAGCCUUGCAGUGCUCACCCUGUUUGUAAAGCAGCUCUCCACAUAUUCCUACAACAGCUCAGCAGGCAGAUCUAACACCCCGUGCUGCGGUGGUGCUCAUGGCAGCACCCAGAGCCGCAAUGGAGGGUGCUGAGGCGAUGCCUCCCGCUCCGGGUUAAGGUGGUUGUGGUUUCACCGGGAGGCUGAGCCGUGUGGCAGCCCCUCGGGCACGUAACCGAGAGAUGUCUCUGCUCUAAACCUCUUUGGUUUGUUUGCAGGAGCUGGUAGUGACUUGCAAAACCAUCUUUGUGCUUCAGGUGUCACUUCAGAGCAGGGAAUGGUGGUAUGUGCUGAGGAGCUGCUCGCCCGUCCUGGCUGUCCCCCAGCCCUCUGCCAGCAGCUCUCUUCAUCCCCUCCUGCCUCGGGGUGCUGGUUUGGGGUUUUACAACCAGGAAAUGUGGCAGUUAAUGACACGAAGCCCAUCAGGUGAGGGUGAGGAGGGCCGAGGUCCUGCCUGCCCGGGAAGCAGUUGGAGUUGAGCUGUCAAAACCUGCCGCUUGAAUGCAGAUCGUUAUUUUAAGUACCGAGGUGUGGAGUGAAAUGUAUGUUGAAGCAAAUGUGGCUGCUGUUCCAUUUAUAUAUUUAAUGAAGGUAAUUCAGCACACUCGGGGAGGACGUCUGUGCCACGUUAUGGUCGGGAGGCUUUAGCACUGUGCAGGCAGGAAUGUUAAAUACGUUAUUCCUGCCACACACACACGCAUGUGAGGUGAUAGAGCAGCGGUGUAAAAUCCAGCAGCAGGAGCAAUGCCUUCAGGUAUUCCCACCACCAAAUCACAACUGCAAGGGAAACACACAAAGCGCUUGCUUUAAUGCUCUGAAACAGCUUGGGUUUGGGGAGGAAAGCUUUGAGUUGUGCCUGUUGGUGCAGUGGGGUGAAUGUGAAUGAGGUUUGGGUACCUGUGUGGAGCUCUGCAGCCGGUGGGAAUCCCACAUGGGGGGUGUGUGUUCACAACACUGAUCCCAUGGGAUGUGGAGCAGUGUCCAGGGAGGAGAUGCUGCCAUCAGCAGCACACAGGAGCCUUGUUCUGGGGCAGGUUUGGUGCAGGGCUGUGUGUGUGCAGGCACCGAUGGCUCCUCUCAAGCUGAAAUGUCUUUGCAGAGGGAGAAGAUAAAAAGCCGGGGAGGGUUUAUGCAGAGCAGUUUAAUUCUAGUUAAGAAACAGCCCUUUGGUGGCAGCUUGGUUUGAUGUGCCUGCAGGAACAAAAGAGCUGUUUAAAUGUGUCUUGUUCUGUUUUGUCUCGACGCCCAAAGUAACCUCCCUCUUCAAAUAAUAGCCAGGGAAAGAUGUUAUGCAGCCUGAGCCCUCCUCUGCCGAGCUGGUGGCAACCAGAGGCCAGGAAAACAGGUGGAAUUAGGGGUUUAUAAUCACAGCACCACAAAACUUGCUCCUCCUGCUGCUUUUGACCUCGAGGUGCUUGAUCUGAACGGCAGAGAGGCUGUGGCAAACCCUCUGUGUGGUGGGUUUGUGCUAUUCCAGGUGCGUUGUGUGCCUUGGGAAGGGGAAUACAAAGCCACCCUCACUGGACCCGAGGCAGCAGCACGGAGCAGGCUGGUCCGGGGUGGCUGUGCCCACGAGGCGGCAGUGGGGGACAGCAGGAGCCAGCCCUGCACUGCCUCAGCAUUAAUAUUGAUGCUGUCCAGGUGGCACCAAGAUUGAGUUGUAGUGACGAGAGAAUGUGCCCAGAUCCUUUUGCCCUGGGGCUGUAGAGUAAUGGCCAUAUGUCUCGGCCCGGCAAUUGUUUCCAGCGUGCAGAUGGAAGACCAAAGUGGGUUUGGCAUGUUAGAUUAAUCUGUUUUAUGUCGCUCUUCACCUUUCUGCCUCCCAACGCCUCCUGGUUUUAUGAGCAAACUUCAGCACUAGCAGAGGUGCAGGCGAAGGACAGCUCGCAGGACACGGUCCUUGAGCAGGAGCAAUUUUCUCUGCUCCCGAGCUGCUUUUGGCACCACAUUUCCAGCAGAAAAUGCAGUUUGACUCUAUCAAAACACGCUCUGAGAGAGCCUCUGCUGACACUGGAGUUUGAGAGGGCUUCCUGGGGCUAUAGGUGAAGUGGAAGGGGAAGGACCUGUUUGAUCUGGUGUGCAGGACACUCGGGCUCCGGGAAACCUGGUUCUUUGGGCUUCAAUACACUAUCAAGGAUACAGUGGCUUGGCUCAAAAUGGACAAGAAGGUUCUGGAUCACGAUGUUCCAACAGAGGAGCCCGUCACCUUUCACUUCCUGGCCAAAUUUUAUCCGGAGAAUGCAGAGGAGGAGCUGGUCCAGGAAAUCACACAGCACUUGUUCUUCCUGCAGGUGAAGAAGCAGAUUUUGGAUGAGAAGAUCUAUUGUCCUCCUGAAGCUUCCGUCCUGCUGGCCUCAUACGCUGUCCAAGCCAAGUACGGCGAUUACGACCCCAACGUGCACAAGCGAGGCUUCCUGGCGCAAGAGGAGCUGCUCCCAAAGCGGGUGAUAAACCUGUACCAGAUGACCCCGGAGAUGUGGGAGGAGAGGAUAACAGCCUGGUAUGCGGAGCACCGGGGCAGAGCGAGAGAUGAAGCUGAAAUGGAGUAUUUGAAGAUAGCUCAGGACUUAGAGAUGUACGGAGUGAACUAUUUCGCUAUUAGGAACAAAAAGGGCACCGAGCUGCUCCUUGGAGUUGAUGCUUUGGGUCUUCACAUUUAUGACCCAGACAACAGGUUGACCCCUAAAAUCUCCUUCCCGUGGAACGAGAUCCGCAAUAUCUCAUACAGCGAUAAAGAGUUUACCAUUAAGCCAUUGGACAAAAAGAUUGAUGUUUUUAAAUUCAAUUCAUCAAAGCUACGUGUGAAUAAGCUGAUUCUUCAGCUGUGUAUUGGAAACCACGACCUCUUCAUGAGGAGGAGGAAGGCAGACUCGUUGGAGGUCCAGCAGAUGAAAGCACAGGCCAGGGAGGAGAAAGCCAGGAAGCAGAUGGAACGGCAGCGCCUGGCCCGAGAGAAGCAAAUGAGAGAAGAGGCAGAAAGGACAAGGGAUGAGCUGGAGAGAAGGUUGAUGCAGUUAAAGGAAGAGGCAACGAUGGCCAACGAGGCUCUGAUGAGGUCUGAAGAGACAGCAGACCUGCUGGCCGAGAAGGCUCAGAUCACGGAGGAGGAGGCCAAGCUGCUGGCUCAGAAGGCAGCUGAGGCUGAGCAGGAGAUGCAGCGGAUCAAGGCCACGGCCAUCCGGACGGAGGAGGAGAAGCGGCUGAUGGAGCAGAAGGUGCUGGAGGCAGAGAUGUUGGCACUGAAAAUGGCGGAGGAGUCGGAGAGGAGGGCGAAGGAGGCUGAUCAGCUGAAGCAGGAUCUUCAGGAGGCCCGUGAGUCUGAGCGGAGAGCGAAGCAGAAGCUUUUGGAGAUCACCAGCAAGUCGUCCUACACACAGUCUAUGAACUCAAGUACAACAGCACUGCCUACUGACCUGCCAAGCUUCAACCUCAUCAGUGAGAGCCUGUCCUUUGACUUCAAGGAUACUGACAUGAAGAGGCUUUCAAUGGAGAUUGAGAAAGAGAAGGUAGAGUACAUGGAGAAGAGCAAACACCUCCAGGAGCAGCUGAACGAGCUGAAGACUGAAAUUGAGGCACUGAAGCUAAAGGAGAGGGAGACAGCUCUGGAUAUAUUGCACAACGAGAAUGCCAGCCGAGGCAACAGCAAGCACAACACUAUCAAAAAGUUCAUUUUAUUUUGCUGGUUUAGCCUCAAGCCCAGGGCAGAAGACCUAUCUGCAUUUGAGACUUCCAACUCACCCUACAGAGCACCAAGUCCCGUGUGGCCUUCUUCGAGGAGCUGUAGGGAGUGACCCGCUGCUCCGCACCGCUGCUGCCACCAGCAAUUCCCUUGGGAUCGUGUGCCCGGCCGGGUCUGGGAGCCGGGCAGCACCCCCAGUGCACGCCGAUGGACACGGGGCCCGCUGCCCGCGGACUGUGUGAUGGUCUCUGCCUUAGCAUCCAUCCAUCCAUCCAUCCCCCUCUUUCUCCCUUUCUUUCCAGCUUUUUCCUUACUUUUCCAGUGUAGUCCUUUGGCUUGGCCCCCCUGCCCCGGCUUUCUCCCGGUGCUGGGGCUGGCGCUAUGGUCGUGCCCCUGCCAUCAUGCCGAUGGGGAUCCCAUCCCUCCGGCUGCCUUCUCCCAGUGCCUGGAGCUCCAUUAGGAACCCAGAGCAUGUCCAAGUGGAGUGCUGUAAAUCAGGGCUGGUGGAGGCGGAGCAGGACCGCGGUCCAUGGGGAUGCUGCUUCCCUGGGGAGCGGAGGCAGGAGACAGGGAGGAAGGUCUCCUCCUCCUCCUCUGUGCUGCAAGGGAUGAGGAGCAGGAGAACAGCCAGUGCCAACCACAUGGAACCUCCUUUGUCCUGCCUGCUCCUGCCUGCCCUCACACGGGUGCCUUUGCCCACGGCUCUGCCCUCCCGGCAGCAGCAGAAUGGGGAUGCUCCGACCUUUCCUUCAUGGCUCUAUCCCAAACCCUGCCCUCCCCUCGGGGCGAAACCUCCCUUCCAGCUGUGAGUUACCCUGGUGCUGCCCCAGGACCCCCAAUUCCUCGCUCCCACAACCACUCCUGACCUCCGGCUGCACCAGGAUCGGCCGGAGGGAACUCUCCUUAUUUAAAACCACACUGCCCGGGAUGGAAUUCCCGCUCGUGGCUGCGAUCCGGAUGGCUGUGGCCUGGUACCGGCUGCAUUCCCAUUGCCCUGGACUCGUCCUCGGAAGGAAUAAUGGUUUUCUCCUGGUUUUAAUAAAGAUCCAAAGCACUAAGAGAGGGA